AAAGACCACUGGGUCUCGGUGAAAGUCACACUUUCGGAACAUCAGUUCACCGGAAUCAUGAUCAGAAAGGUUUUAAUUCUUUUAUCUGUUGCCACAGCGGCUCUAACAUUGGGCAAUGGUCCAGCUUAUCAUUCCACAAAGAAUGUAUUUCAGAAGCAGCAGGGCACAAAGCAGUAUGCUAGCGUAGCUUCCUACCAAUCUCCUUCUCAAGAAAUCAGGCAGCAGCCAUCUCCCUACGCUUUCGGGUACGAAGAUGAGGGCAGUGCCAGACAAGAAUCCGCCGACGCUUCCGGAAAAGUGACCGGAAGUUACUCUGUCACAAAUGAAGACGGAUCUGUAAGAGUCGUCAAAUAUGUGGCUGAUGAACAAGGCUUCCGUGCGGAUAUCGACACGAACGAACCGGGAACCAAAAGCGACAAUCCCGCCGAUGUGUCCUUCCGGUCAAGCGCUGUUGAGAAAUUGGUUAAAAGUGCACCAAAGAUUUAUGCUCACAGCAAGCCUGCAGCUGCUCAACCCAUACAGGCACCAGCUGCUUUUAAGUCUGCAAGUGGUAGCAGCGGAGGUUACUCGUACCAGUACCAAUCUGAACUGGAAGAUGGCGGAAGUCUCGGCCGAGGUGAAAGUGGAGAUGCUUCCGGAAAAGUAAGCGGAUAUUACAGCUUGUCCGUUGCCGAUGGUAGAAAACGUAAGGUGGACUACUCUGCCGACCAGGGAGGAUUCUCUGCAGUUGUUAAUACCAACGAAUUUGGAACUAAAAGUGACUCACCAGCUCACGUGACCUUUCUGUCAUCUUCACCGGCGCAAGAAAGUUUUCUGUCUCAACAGAGAUCCGUGAAACAGGUUCAGGCAUAUUCCUCUCCUGUGUCCCAACAACAACCCAUUCAGCCUUUUGUAUCAAAAAUACGGCAAGUGUCCCAGAUCAGCGAGAACUCUCAACCUUCUCCUUAUGCAUUCAGCUACGAUGCCCAAUUAGAAGAUGGUAGCAGCUCCAGGAAGGAAUCCGCAGAUGCUUCUGGAAAAGUAGUUGGAUCUUACAGUCUCUCCGUUGCUGAUGGUCGUAGAAGAACCAUCGACUAUCAAGCUGACCAAGAUGGAUUCAGGGCAUCUGUCAACACCAAUGAAUUUGGAACCAAAAGCGAUUCCCCGGCUGAUAUCCAGUUUUACUCUUCUGCUCCUCAAGAAGCUCCAGCACCAUCUUACUCUGCUGGAAAAAUCAACCAGGGAAAUCAGGCAGCCGCUUUUCCCAUACAGCAAAGCAGAUUAUCAUCGAGCAGUCAAAUUAAAUCUGUGCCAUUUUCCUCAGGAAGUCAAUUCCAGUCUGCGCAGAAGUCUGCCGUUCAGUAUAGCGCAGGAGCUGCAGCUGACAAACCUGCCCCCUACUCUUUCAACUACCUAGCACAGCUUAAUGACGGAUCUAGUUCUCGAAUAGAAUCUGCAGACGCAUCUGGGAAGGUUGUAGGUUCCUACAGCUUGUCCAUCGAAGAUGGAAGGCAAAGAAAAGUCGAUUAUUUAGCCGACCAGGCAGGUUUCAGAGCCACUGUCAACACGAAUGAGUUUGGAACGAAAGGGGAUUCUCCAGCAGAUGUGCAGUUUUAUUCCAGCGUGAAGGAACAUGCUCCAUCCAGUUAUUCCUCACCCAGCAUCAGAAAAGCUCCACACUCUAGCGCAGCUUCCAAGAAGGUAGAACAACAACACUUGCAAGCUCCCAUUCAAUUCAGUUUGGAGAACAACGGGGCAUAUUCCUACAAUUACCAGAGCCAAUUGGCAGAUGGAGGUAGUAACGCCCACAGCGAAAUUUCAGAAGGUGGAGGAAAGGUGUCUGGUUUCUACAGCCUCUCAGCCCCGGAUGGCCGACAACGCAAAGUAGAUUACACAUCAGGAAAGGGAGGAUUUCAAGCCAGUAUUGAUAGCAAUGAAUUCGAAGCACCUCUUGCCCCACCAGCUCACAUACAGUACUCUUCUUCUGGUGCAUUACGGAGUGGUCUUUCAGCAGUUAAACAAUCUUCAUACUCCAGCGCACAAAGCAGACCGCAAAGUUUUGUCUCACAGCAAAGAGUGGAAGCUGAGUCAUCCUACGCACCUUCUCCGUAUUCCUUCGGUUACGAAGCCGAGGCAGCAGGCGGAAGUAGCGCCAGAAACGAAGCAGCAGACGCUAGUGGAACUGUUACUGGAAGUUACACAGUCAGAAACGAAGACGGAUCCGUAAGAGUUGUGGACUACAUUGCCGACAAGGACGGAUUCCGGGCCAAUGUCAAUACAAAUGAAUUGGGAACCCAAAGUGAACAACACCCCGCAGACGUUAUUUUCAAAUCUGAAGCGGCUUCCCAAGCGCGAUUCCCAGCUCGCUCGAACACACCUAAAUCUAGUUUUAGCCAGCAGAAGGUGGAACCAUGGCGCCGAUAACGCUAACAUUGGAGACCAGCUUGCCACUGAAUGAAGCAUUAUUUUUAAAUCAUUCCGGCUUUAAAUCAUUCCACUGAAUGAAGCAUUAUUUUAAAAUUAUUCAACACAUUUUUUUGAUUAUACUCGAAUUUGGCAAGAUAUACGCACAUUUCUUCUUAAACCUAGUCUCAAACAGUCGGUUCGUUUUUCAUCUUCUAAUGAAAAGACUGCUGAGGAUUUUAUUGUUUUUGCCAAGUUUAAGUAGAGGUUUCAAAAGACUAUUUCUUAAUUCCUGCUGAUUUAUUAUCCAAAUUUUCUGUAGAAUUGACAAAUAAAUCAGGAAACUUUACACUUCUAGCUGUGAGGAACAGGACUUUAUCUUUCAACUUGAAAAAUUUCAGUUUUGUGCUUCAUACCUUCUUUUAAAUAUAUUCUAGUUAGCUGGUUUACUAAGUUUUUAUCCCUUCGUAUUUGCUUGCUUAUUCCCUUAAUAUUCGCUACUCGACUAAAAGCAGCACUUCUCAUUUAGAUAAGGUACAUAUUUGGUUACUGUCUGUCUGUCAAUGUUUUUUCAAUGUAAACAUAUACUCCGUUUGCUUCUCUACGGUGGUCGGUGGCUGAAUAGUUCGUUUUUAAUCUUCUGAAAAUAAUUAACUAAAGUGCUCACGAAAAUAGACCGUGAAUUAUUAAGCCAAUGUCUAUUCUGAUAGCUGGAAGCUCAGUUCUUUUCUUUAGAAAUGAAUUUUUCCGAACAGAACUUUUUGAUUAAGCAUUUUUUAAAAUUCAGUUUACCAAAAACUAGCAACACAUUUUUUAAUUUUCUGAUUUGCAAUCAAGCUACUCCAAUGAAGAAAUAUUAUUACACAGUAGAGUUUUAAAAAUACUGCUAAAUUUACAGGCGAGCUGAAAUGGGACACACUGCACGAUCUCGGUGAACUUUUUUGUCAUUUUACUUAGCGUUAAUACUUCGAAAAAAAUUGUAAAUACUUGGGGAAGCAUUUAGAAAAACUGACAAAAAAAUGUAUAAAGGUGUUGGAGUUUGUUCUAAAAUAUAAGGCAGAAACAUCUUACGCAGAUCUCAUCUUUCAUGCGAAAGCGCUUGCUGUGCAAGUAAUGCACGAUGGAACUGACUUCAGAAUGAUUUUGGAAUUGGACACUGAAUAGAUAUUUACAAAAAUUAUCUUCAUUCAUCACUCUGGUUCUUUCAUUUGUAAAUUUUUAACAAUGGUUUUCCUGUUUCUGGAUGCGCCAUCACUUAUUUGAUGGCAUUCUCCUUACUAUACUUUAGUGGGCAUUCUCCUUACUAUACUUUAGUGGGCAUUCUCCUUACUAUACUUUAGUGGGCAUUCUCCUUACUAUACUUUAGUGGGCAUUCUCCUUACUAUACUUUAGUGGGCAUUCUCCUUACUAUACUUUAGUGGGCAUUCUUUUCGUACAGUUGUAAGGUAGUGUCUGUUCCAGUACCGUAUCUAUAAAUGGAUGUUAAAGAAUGAUUUUUCUAUAGAGCUAUUCAAAGAAAAUAUCAAUCAUGUUUGAAUAUCAGCGACUGUGAUAUAUAAUGAGAUGCUCUUUUUGCCUAUAUUUUAUGUAAUGUAUUUUUUUACCUCUUUUAAAAUAAAAUUUGAAAAAAAAAAUGAAGAAUAA